AUGAACAUCACGAAAGCUGGCUCUGAGCCGUGGUACUUCACGGCGGUUUAUGCAAGCCCGGACCCAUCUCGACGUCGUGAACUUUGGAAGGAACUGAAAGAUUUUGCGAAUACCCACAAGAAACCAUGGUUAAUUGCGGGUGAUUUUAAUAAUACGAGGUUCCCUAGUGAACGAAACACUUCAUGUGCUGAAACCUCUCGACACUCUGCUAAGUUCAAUAAUUGGGUCGAAGACAUGGAACUUUUAGAGAUUGAAUUUACCGGUGCCUCUCAUACCUGGGCUAGAGGCUUAAACCCGGAAAGUAGAAGGAGUGGUCGGCUCGAUAGAUCCCUUUGCAACACUGAGUGGGGUUUGAGGUUCGAACGUGCAAAGGCGGUUUGGCUGACACACGAGAAUUUUCAGGAAUUUGUUCGAACCAAGUGGAAGCAGUCAGACCCCUUGGUACCGACACUUAAACAUUUAUCAGAAGAAUUGCAGAUAUGGAGUAAAGAGGUUUAUCAUAAUAUUUUUCGUAGAAAGCGAUCUCUUACGGCCCGUAUAGAGGGGAUUCAGAAAACGUUAACUUCAGGGUACCACAGGGGUCUUAUUAAAUUAGAAUUGAAGCUCCGCUGA